UAAUUCAUAACAAAGUUUCAUGCAUUCCAUGCCUCCAUUCUCUCUUUCCUUGCAAAGAGUGUUUGCAAACACAGUUAUUUGAAGCUGCCUGCCUCUCAAUCUCUAUCUCCUUCUCUUAUGUCAUUUUCUUUUUUCUUUCAUAUGCUUUUUUAAAACCCUUGGAUCAUAAUAAAAGACAUGGUGAGGUCUCCCUGUGAACAAGACACAAAGAAGCUUGCAUUUGGUUCCAAGCAUGGAUCUGGUAACUGGACUUCUGUCCCCAGAAAAACAAGGCUAAAGAGGUGUGGGAAGAGCUGUAGUAGGCUUAGGUGGACUGAUCUUAAGCACGACAAUUUCACAACCCAAGAAGAAGAUCUAAUCAUUAAGCUUCACGCAGCCAUAGGUAGCAGGUGGUCUAUAAUAGCCCAACAACUUCCUGGGAGAACAGACAACGAUGUAAAGAUCUACUGGAACACAAAGCUGAAAAAGAAACUCUCUCAAAUGGGGAUUGAUCCUGUUACCCACAAGCCCUUUUCUAAACUCAUUGCUGACUAUGGAAACAUUGGGGGUUGCCAGAAACCAAGUACCAGAAUAGGGUCUAUCAAUAAAGACUUCAAGAGUGCAAUGAUGCUAAAAUCAGAAGAAGGAUUUACAAAUGACCAAUCACUAGAAACCACUAGAAACAACUUUUUAUUCAACAGAGCUCAUGGUGAUGGUCAUAAUCUCUCAAUGGACUUUGAGAAUGAGAUGAUCUCAGGAUGUGUGUUAGGGGAAGAUCGUUUGUCAAAAACAUCAUCUCCUUCUACUCCUUCUUCUUGUUCCACUUCAGCUUUUAGUUGGAAUGACUUCCUUCUUCUAGAAGAUGCUUUUACACCACUUGACUACCAGGAAAAAGACACCCUGGUUUCAAAGGAGAAUGUGGUGACCAUACAGCAUGCCUCAGGUAGUACUGACUUCCAAUUUUCAUCAUCCUCUCACACUUCAUUCAUAGAAGCCAUGCUUGAUCAAGAGAAUGAAAUGUUUCUCAGUUUUCCUCACCUUAUGGAGGAACCAUCCAACUUUAGUUAAAUUUUCAAAUAAUAAUUUCCCAAUGACGAAACCAAUCUACCUUUAUCUUCUAUUCUGGACUACCAUGUUACUGUUUUUUGUUCUUUCUUGCCUUCAACCAAACA